CUGCACUGUGCCCAGGGAAGUCCUUCUGCCCAGCCUGCCUACCCACCCUGGCACUCUCUCUUGGCUCAUUGGCUCAGACAGCCCCACCCUGCUGGGAAGUGAGGAACAAAAGCUGCCUCCAGGAGGCCCUCGGGCAGACAGACAAGCCGGCACCGGAGAGUGAGGACCCACGGGGACCCAAGAAGGAAGGAAGGAGACCCUGACUUUUGGAGUCUGGAGACCAGGGUUCAAGACCAUCUGUGCUACUUGCUGCUGUGAGAUCUUGGGCAGGUACCUGUCACCUCUCAGUCUUAACACACUUUCCUGUGAGAUGGGGACAGUGGCCGUCCCUUCUCUGAGUCACUGCGAGUGAAGACACAAUGGCCCCGUGGUUGUUGUGAAACAGUCCUGGCCUUGACAUCAUCUAUAAGGACACCCCUUUGUGGGUUCUCCCAGGCCUUGUGACUCCCGGGGCCUGAGAGGUUAGCACGCACGUACGCACGCACGCACGCACGCACGCACGUCCACGUGAAGCACCGAGGACACAGCCAACAUGAACUGGGGGUUUCUCCAGGGAAUCCUGAGCGGCGUGAACAAGUACUCCACCGCACUGGGCCGCAUCUGGCUGUCGGUGGUCUUCAUCUUCCGAGUGCUGGUGUACGUGGUGGCGGCGGAGGAGGUGUGGGAUGACGAGCAAAAGGACUUCAUCUGUAACACUCAGCAGCCCGGCUGCCCCAACGUCUGCUAUGAUGAGUUCUUCCCCGUGUCCCACGUGCGUCUCUGGGCCCUGCAGCUCAUCCUGGUCACCUGCCCCUCCCUGCUGGUGGUCAUGCAUGUGGCCUACCGAGAAGAGCGGGAACGGAAAUACCGCCGCAAACACGGGCCCAACGCCCCGGCCCUGUAUAGCAACCUGAGCAAGAAGCGGGGCGGCCUGUGGUGGACAUACCUGCUGAGCCUCAUCUUCAAAGCUGCUGUGGACUCGGGUUUUCUCUAUAUCUUCCACUACAUCUACAAGGACUAUGACAUGCCUCGAGUGGUAGAGUGCUCUGUGGAUCCCUGCCCCCACACCGUGAACUGCUACAUCUCCCGACCCACGGAGAAGAAGGUCUUCACCUACUUCAUGGUGAUCACGGCAGCCAUCUGUAUCCUACUCAACCUCAGUGAGGUCGCCUACCUGGUGGGCAAGAGAUGCAUGGAGGUCUUCCGUCCCCGGCGUCGGAAAACUUCUCGGAGGCAACAUCUACCAGAUACAUGCCCGCCCUAUGUGAUCUCCCAAGGAGGUCACCCCCAAGAUGAAACCGCCGUCCUAACAAAGGUCGGGAUGGCCACGGUGGAUACAGGCUGGAGCUCCAAGCAUCCCCAACAUCGCCCUCACCGCACGUGGGACCGGCCAGCUAAUGUCCAUCAUCCCUCUAGAACUGCAGACCCUCGCAAGGCAGGAACAGCAUCCACCCCUCACCGCACGUACAGUCAGAGGCUACUAAACUCUCACUGAGGUGAUCACCACAAAGAAUUGCUGCCC